CCCUCAAACCCUUCCCUGAUUGGCUGAGAAUCCAGGAACGGGCGUUAACCUCAAGGAAGUCGUGGCAAGAUGGCGUCCCUGGAUCGGGUGAAGGUUCUGGUGUUGGGAGACUCAGGUGUUGGGAAAUCUUCUCUCGUCCAUCUUCUAUGCCACAAUCAAGUGCUGGGAAAUCCAUCAUGGACUGUGGGCUGCUCGGUGGAUAUCAGAGUUCAUGACUACAAAGAAGGAACCCCAGAAGAGAAGACCUACUAUAUAGAAUUAUGGGAUGUUGGAGGCUCUGUGGGCAGUGCCAGCAGUGUGAAAAGCACAAGAGCAGUGUUCUACAACUCUGUAAAUGGUAUUAUUUUAGUACAUGACUUAACAAAUAAGAAGUCAUCUCAAAACUUAUAUCGAUGGUCAUUGGAAGUUCUCAACAGAGAUUUGGUUCCAACUGGAGUCCUGGUGACAAAUGGGGAUUAUGACCGAGAACAAUUUGCUGAUAAUCAAAUCCCACUGUUGGUAAUAGGGACUAAACUGGACCAGAUUCAUGAAACCAAGCGCCAUGAAGUUUCAAUUAGGACUGCUUUCUUGGCUGAAGACUUCAAUGCUGAAGAGAUUAAUUUGGAUUGCACAAACCCACGGUCCUCAGCUGCAGGCUCCUCCAAUGCUGUCAAGCUCAGUAGAUUUUUUGAUAAGGUCAUAGAGAAGAGGUACUUUUGUAGAGAAGGUAAUCAGAUUCCAGGCUUUCCUGAUCGGAAGAGGUUUGGAGGAGGGACCUUAAAGAACUUCCAUUAUGACUGAGUUGCACUCACCCUUUGGAAGAGUGAGUGAGCAGUGGCAGUUUUCACAGCUUUCCUCUUGCUGUGUCAGGCUAUUGACUUCUCAGGCUUUGAUACAAACAUCUCAAAAUGCUACCUCACCCUCUCAUGGAAAAUUGAAAGAAAGCAACGACUCGGAAGAACCUGCUUUGCCCCUGUUUUCUGUGUUGCUCACCUCCCUGUCCCCAUUGAUAGCUUCUGUAAAAGCCUCAUGAAGGUAUGAAAUAUUGUCAGAGCAAUGCAGUAAAUGAGAGGUGACAAGGACUGCAGAGAAAACUGACUCUUGCUUGGAACCAGGGGCCUUCCUUUAUAGGUCUGUGAUUUUCCCACACUCAGUGCUAAAGGCUUAAUUAAGUACUUCAGAAAUGUAUCUGUGCUGUUUUACCUUCUUGAGGGGAAAGGUCGUGUUAACCAGCCCUGAAUUAUCCACUCCAAACCAUCUCUGUCAUUUUUUUAAAGAAGCCAAGUGAUGUUAUUUCAUUUUCUCCAGCCUCAUUACACACAGGGAUGCCUAAGAAUAGCAACUCUGUCUCCUCUCCUCCCCGCUGGAAAAGGCUUGGUGUCUGGCAGAGAUGAGCGAAUAGCUGGAGUUAAAUAGAAAUACAAAUUAAUAAUACAUGGAGAAUAGAGCAGAAAAGAAGGCUUCUUUGAGGCAUCCACAGCUCCUCCACGCUAGGUUGCAGCUUUCGAAGACUCUGUUUAGAAAUUGGGUGAAAUCUGAGAGCAGCACAAGGGCAGUGAGAGAGAGUUACUGCCUUUUUGGUGUUUUUUUUUUUUUUUUUUCUGUUUGUUUGUUGCUUUUUAAAGGAAAUUAAACUCCUGAAAUGCCCCCUGAAUAUGAUGAACGGUAAACUAAGAAUAUUAUCCUUGAGUUCACAAUGUAUUUAUGGGAAAGUCAAAUAAGUUUCAGAGUAAUGCAUUCACAUAAAUUAUGAACCAGUGUUCAGGGUUUCACAAUCACCCCACAGUUUUACAGUUUUUUGGCGGUGGUAUGUAUGUGUUUGCAUAAUUGAUCAUCAUUAUUUUUUAGCCCAUCUUUUUUGUGGUUUAAUUCUCACAGCCCAGCUCUUCCUUAGUUUAUAAAAUUGGUUGCAAAAAAAAAAAAAACUAAUUGGCCACUGUUUUCAACACCUUAUUAUCCAUUCUUCUCUGCUGCAGCUCUCUGCUCCCUAGUUUACAAAAAGUUUAAAAAAUAGUAAUAUAAAUGCACAGUUGUAGUUCUUUUAAAACCAGGUAAGAACUACUAAGUUCAUUUUCUGUUCUUUAUAGUUAAAUUUCAAAAGGCUCUGGAAGGCAGUGUCUGCUGGGAAGGAGCUGGAGAAGCUCAGGAGUGCAGUCCUUGGGGACUGAAAGAGCACUCCUCCUGAUCUGGACUGUUCUGUCUUUUCCUCCUCACUGGAAAGACCAGGCCAGUGUUGACUUCUUUGCUGGUUUGAUUGUUCUCUGAUAUAAUUGGUGUUAUGCAAAUUAUGAUCUGUAUGUGGACUUCUGUCACAAAUGACUUGUGGCAGAGUCUGUAAAGUUGGGAAAGUAGAAGCCAAAUGCUACACAAAGUCCUAUCUAAUUUAUCUAAAACUCUUUUUAUUUCUCUUUUAAAAUUAAAUCAAGGGGCAUGGAAUCUAACUCAGUGGUAGAGCAUUUACCUAGCAUGUGCAAGGCAUUAGAUUUGUUUCCAAUAUCAAAAAUUUUAAUAAAAAGUAACUAAGUUAAAAUCCA